UAUCAAAUUUUGAAACGAUGAAGUUCUUUGCUCUGUGUGCCUUCCUCCUCAUUGCCCUGGCUACCGUCCUGGCAACUCCCGGUGAGCUUGGCCAUCUUCCUGUAGUACACGGACCUGUGGGACACGCUGGACCUGUAGGACACGGUGGACCUGUAGGACACGGUGGACAUGUAGGACACGGUCCAGUUGUAGGACAUGGUCCAGUUGUAGGACAUGGUGUUCAUGGUCAUUCUGGCUAAAAACUUAUCUGAAUCCUUCAAGGAGCCCAAUGCAGACCUUGAUGGAAAGAAACGAAGUGUUUGUUCAACACCUUCAGUGCAGCAUAUCCUAAUAAAAUAUUCGAUUUAUCGAAAA